GGCAGAGAGUUUAAAUGCCACCACUGCAGUUGGUGCGGAGCAGUUGUCGUCCACAGAUCUUCUUCAGCACGAGCUCAGCUCCGGGGGGAAACACCCACACACUCUCGCAAGAACCGCGAAGGACCUAUAACACUUUCAGAGAAGACAGAGAAGAGCCGGUGGACUCUAGUUUCAGCAAGAUAUGGAGCUUUUUGAGACCAACCCAUACUUCUUCGCAGACCAGCGUUUUUACGAAGGUGGCGAUAACUUCUUCCAGUCCAGGGUGACUGGAGGCUUCGACCAAACAGGAUUUCAGGACCGAGGCUCCAUGUUGGGCUUGUGUGGAGACGGAAGGCUGCUGUCAAAUGGAGUUGGGUUGGAGGACAAACCGUCUCCAUCUUCUAGCCUCGGUCUGUCCAUGUCUCCUCAGGAGCAGCAGCACUGUCCGGGUCAGUGUCUGCCCUGGGCCUGCAAGGUGUGUAAGCGCAAGUCGGUGACCAUGGACAGACGGAAAGCCGCCACUAUGAGGGAAAAGAGGAGGCUGAAGAAAGUCAACGAGGCCUUUGAGGCUCUUAAGAGGAGCACGCUCAUGAAUCCCAACCAGAGGCUGCCUAAGGUGGAAAUCCUGCGCAGCGCCAUCCAGUACAUCGAGAGACUCCAGGCACUGGUCAGCUCUCUCAACCAGCAGGAACAUCAGCAGGGAAACCUGCAUUACAGGUCCACAGCUCCUCAAGGGGUGCCGUCCUCUAGCGAUCAGGGCUCUGGCAGCACCUGCUGUAGCAGUCCAGAGUGGAGCAGUGCGUCUGAGCACUGUGCCCCCACCUACAGCUCCACCCACGAGGAUCUCCUGAAUGACAACUCCUCAGAGCAAACCAACCUGAGGUCUCUGACGUCUAUUGUGGACAGCAUAACGGGAACAGAGGUGACUCCAGUCCCCUACUCAGUGGACAUAAGCAAAUAAAUGUGGAGGGUGACACAAAUGUCAUGCUCAGACCACCUUUCACUGACCAUAACAGCACUAUCUAUAACACCCAGGGUGAAUUAAGAACCUUUUAAAAGUCAUAAAAGCCUUGGGGGCUUAAUUUCCAGACAAACAUUGAGGUCCAUAGAUUAUAUUUCCAAAUGUUUCUCAUCUCUGUGGGAAUAAGAACGAAUUACAGAUCAGCCUAAUUCCUGCCGAAACAUACGACAUUCAGACAGGCGGAUUCAUAAUUUAAUAGUUUGUCCUUUUUCCCUCUCGAUUCCUUUAUUUUUCAUUCUGUUUGUGUGUGCUUUAUGCUUACCAACGAAAACAAAACAUUUUGUGGGUCCAAUGUUUUACUUCUGGCUUUGACCAAUUUCUGCUUAAUUUAAACUAGUUCCGAACGCCAGCCGUGUAAAUAUGUUCCUGUUUUCUACAGUGUGGUUUUGUUAUUUUAUUUUGUAUUUUUUCAGUGUGUUUGGAAUAAUUUAUUUGAUUUUUAUAAUAAAGAUUGACGUGUAUUUGUAUAUAUUCA